UAAAUAUAUUGAAAUAAAUUUAUCGGGACAUUAUUGUACAAACUUGGUGGAAUAUUCUAAAUAUUACUCAGUUAUUCGUGGAUUUUCAUGUUUGUGUGAAGUCUCAGAGGGGCUAUGACGUUAUACCAGCUAAUACCUCUGGACAUUUUUAUGUUAAUUUGAAUUCUGAAUGUCUGUAGACACCACAAUGCACUGGUACUCAAAGUUGUCUGCCAAGAUGAGUGGAUUUCCUGUCCCAUAAAGUGGACAGUCUAUAACAGUGUUUUAUGAAAUAAUAAAUCUGCAGUAUUAGGAUGUGCUUCAAGACAGCCCGGGCACAUUUCCAGAUGAUCUGGGUUCCUUUAAAAGAGAGGGCGACUAAGUAAAGGAAAAGUGUUUAAGACCUGCAGACAAUAUAGCAAAGAAACAAUAAACAAAGUUACGUUGUAAGGAUAUGGACCUCCGUCUGACACUCCUGCUGAUCUAUCUCUGCAACCAAGGAGUCACUAAUGCUGAGGUGGCAGAAGAUAAGGUGCUCCCCUUGGUGCCUCUUAUUCCUUUGAUGCCCAGCCACCCCAGAGAGAAAGUAGAAGAUGAAAGUACAGCACAAGCGGAAAUUGCAGAUACCACAGAAGCACCUGUAAUUGAAACAACUAUACGUAGAAGGCCCAACGGGGGCUCGUCAGAGGAAGACCAAGAUGAGGGUUGUCUGUCUGUCGGCCGAAGCUCGGAGUCAAGGGAGGCCAUCGCUGCUGCCAUUCAGAAACUGGGUGUGCAGCUGCUGCAGAACCUGGAAACAACGCCAGAGCAACCAAAUGUCAUCAUAUCUCCUUUCAGCAUAUCACUAGCCCUCUCCCAGCUGGCUUUAGGUGCAGUAAAUGAGACAAAGGAGCUGCUGAUGCAUCAUCUACAUGAAAACACUCUCCCCUGUUACCACGAGUCUCUGCAUAAUGUCUUAGAGCAGCUCAGAAACAAUGACCUGCAAAUUGCCACACGUAUCUUCCUGCGCCAAGGGUUUGCGCCAAAGCAAGACUUUGUCAGUGAAUCCCAGCGGUUAUAUGACUCAGAACCAGCAGUGUUGGAGAGCUUGCAGCAGAUAAAUGAAUGGGUAGAGAAGGCAACACAAGGAAAGAUGACUGACUUCCUGUCUGCUUUACCUCCCAAUCUCCUCCUCAUGCUUAUCAAUGCUGUCCAUUUCAAAGGAGAGUGGAAAGCUCGAUUUGACCCGCGCUUUACCUCCAGAGGUGUCUUCUACCUUGACGACAAGCACAUGGUUGAUGUUGAAGUGAUGGAAGAUGCCAAACAUCCCUUAAGUUUAUUUAUUGAUAAUGAGCUGGAGGCUCAGGUAGCGAGUUUCCCAUUCCAGAAGUCCAUGAGACUGUUGGUGGUCAUGCCUAUGUCCGGCCAGGUAAAUGUGUCCUCACUCUCUGCAAAGCUGAAUAUCUCGGACCUGUAUAAUCGUUUGCCCAAGGAGAUGGCCGUUCAAGUUAAAGUCCCCAAAUUCAAACUGGAGUAUGCUCAAGAGUUACAGGAUGUUUUUACCAAACUGGGCCUGGGAGAAAUGUUUUCCAGUCCAAACUUGGCUGAUAUGGCAGACGGCCCCCUGCUGGUGUCCAGUGUGAUACAUAAAUCCUGCAUGGAGAUAAAUGAGGAGGGUGCAGAGGCUGCUGCAGCCACCAGUGUUGUCAUCUCACGUGCAUCCAAUCCUGUUUUCCACCUCAGCCAACCCUUCUUCUUUGCCCUUAUGGAUGAUAUGACUCAAGUACCGAUCUUCAUGGGUGUCAUCACCAACCCUAAUCCUGGAGCUCCUGUCUUGCAGAGAGGAGAAUUUGGAAGCUAUGAUAAAGUGGGAUUCCCGAUUGACAAGAAUCAUGUUGGCUCAUUUGGGGGCCCACCUAAGUAGGGACUAAUAACCUGGUCGGCUAUCCCAAGGAAACUCAGACCAAGACCAUUAUGAUUGUACAGAUUAAAUGUACAAUAUCAUUUAGCUGGAUCAAAAUCUGUGUGAAAACAUAUGCUUCAUUUUUUUUGGUUAUUUCAUUACAGAAUAAACAUACUGAGUAGCCCAGUAUCCCCUUUAAAAGUCAGAUAUUCCAUUCAAAACUAUAUAGCUUUGCUGCAUUUGAUGACCUGUCCUGGUAAAGAAACUCUUCAAAUUUUAAUUAGAUACAAGAGAUGUUUCAUACCCAUAGUAAAAUAUCUGUUCAUCUUUUAUUUGAUAACACAUAAAUUUUCCAAGGUGUCAACAUAUAGAGCCAAACUAAUCUGGUGUAAUGUUAGCGUAUUACAGCAUCAGUGUGUAUGUAGUUGAAUUUUUGAAGAUGUUUUCUAAUGGCAUAAUAAAUUGAACUGAACUGGAUCACAUGUCAAGGUUAUGAGUUUUAGUGUAAAGCAUCUUGAAUGAAAAAUGGGUUGUAACCUGUAAGGCAUGCGUUCAUAAAACUGGGAAAAAAAGUAACACAGAGGUCUACUGUAGAGAACAGGUGGAAAUUUAACAUUCCUACUUGGGUAAUUCCAGCCAAAUACCAAUAAUUUGUGGUUGUUGCUAAGAGGGUUGCCUUUGUCCCUUCCUUUGCGAGGAACUAAGUGGUAUUGGGUCUUCCAACCCCACUAGUUUCCAUCUUGUCUUUGUUACAAAACAAAACGAUUGAAGUUCUUCCAUAAAGACUCAGACAAUGAAUGAGAGGAUUACAGGUUAGAGGAACCAAGGUCCAUUUUUGUAGCAAUAAUUAUAUUUGUAAUUAAUAAAUGUAUUAUCAUUCUUGCCCGUAACCACUAUACUCGUAUUUCCACUGGCACGGAGGCACAUUUCCCGUGUCUUGUGAACGCCUCACAGUAUUUGCCCG